CGAGAGUGUUUUCUCAGUUUUCUCUCAUGUAUACCUAUAUAUCCAUACACCCAGGUAAAUUAAUGCUGCCUUUCCGGUGAGGUUCUGCGCAUCAAAAAUACAUGAUGUAUAUUAUCUGAUAUAUUAUAAAAAUUUGUCACCCCCUGAGUUGUAGGCAGGUCUUAUGACAUGUAAACUGAACUGUGUACACGUGCGUGUUAUGGAUUUAGUGGUAAGAUGUGUAUAGUACAAUAGAAAAAUGCAAUGUUGAAUCCACGAUAGUCAACAUGUACAUUAUAAUAGUUUGAAAGCUAAGAUAGAACGAGGAAAACCCUGAGCAAACUGCCUUUGACAAGUUGCACCCACUGUCCCGUUGACGGUUACGCGUCCGCCGGCUGACCAGCAAAGUUCUCAACCCCAAAUACUCCUCUUUAUAUGUCAAUAAAAUGUCUGGAACAUCACAAAGAAUGCGGAAGUCUUCGCCGUGUUCCACAUCAAAACAAGGUCCAAUGCGUGCUACUUUACCUGUAAGUUCACUUCUCAGGCACAGCAGACAAAGCAAUACGCUGAGAAAAAGCAAUAACAGUAGUCCGACAGUAUCACCAACCAAUGUCCACACUUGGCGUUCCCGCAUCUCACCAGAAAUAUCCUUAUCUGGACAGCGGAGUCCUGGCUCUCUUUCCUACAAAGCAAAAUCAAAAACCUUAAGUGGUCGCUGCAGCAAUAGCUUGAGUGGGAACCAAAAUAUACGUCGGACAGCGUCUUUAGACACGAUAUAUUUGAAGGGUCAAUGGCCACGAGAUUCGUAUUAUAUUCAUUCUAAUCUUCUUGUGGAUAAAGCUACACAGACUGAAGAGUGGAACAAUGAAUCACGAAAAGCGUAUGUCCGCCAUUCCAGUGAACAAAGUACUACAACAGAUGAAAAAUUGGAAAAAUACUUUAGGCAUCGAUUACAACGGUCAAAUAAAGAAGGAACAAGUAGUAGGGAAAGAACGGCAGCUUUUGGUCUUAUAAUGCCCGGUGGGUCUUCGGUUGCACUUCCUGGAGAUCACACUGUUAUUUUACCCAGCAUCGCUUCUCAGACGCCGUUACAUAAUCAGUUUAAUUUAAGUACGAGACCAAAUCCUUUAAGCGUGCCGAAAGCGAUACGACCUCCCAUGCGUUCUUCUAUUGAAGGUCUCAAUCAGGAAAUCGAAGGACUUGUACUUAAGUCAUCAAUUUGUUCUAAUGACUCUGAUCACACUGUUGAAGAUAGGUAUGCAAAAUAUCGAGAGCAAAUCACUCCAGAAGGACAUCGAGCACCCUUAGCGGAUUUAUUAAGAUCCACUACACGCAGUGUAAAUACACAAACUCCAGCCGUCGAUAUACCUUCAAGUUCAUAUUCUUCUGGUGGCAGUCGUGGUUCAACUCCAGAACAAGAAAAAGAGAGUCGUCUCGGUACAUCACCUCAUAUUAAUAGGUUUUUAGCCAGGGAACCACCAGAUGGUUGUGAGAAAGUGAAUCUAAAAUUCGUCGAAGACGCCAGGAGACCUUUAGUGGACCUCAGCAAACUUGAUUACUACUCGAAACCGUGUGUGGCGUUCCAAUUAAAGCCAAGUUUAGGUUCUGCAUUUUUGCCACUACAGCAAGCAGCAACUUCCACAGUUAUAUCAAGUGUAUCACCAACUUCAUUGGCGACUCCAACAACGCCUCCUCCGAGUUCAUAGUUCUUAGUUAUAUUUAUUCUUUACAAUAUGACGACAUGCUUAAAUUUUAUUUGUAAUCCAAUACAAAGGUACAUGUUUGCUAUUGACAAGAACUUUUAACGUUUCUCAUGCUCACAUUUACUGAUAAAUCUACAUGUCUUAAAAUAAAAUAUUUUCUCAGGAGAUUAUAUAGAUAAACUUUUUGAAAAAGUUUUUAAACUAUUUUUAAAUUGAAAAAAAACAAAUGUUAACUUAUUCUUUUAUUUUAAACUUAAAAUAUUCCGGAAUUUUAAUAUUGCGGAAUUUAAAAUCUAAAUUUAACCAUUAAAUAUUAUAAAUCGUAACAAAAUUGCAUUUAAUCCAAGAUAUCAAUCAAUUUUUUACAAAAAAAUAAAGCAAAAAAAAACUUGAUUUUUGCUGCAGUGAAAGUAGAACUUUAUAGUUCUUACAAAUGUACAUGAAAUAUUUGUUGGAAAGUAAAAUUAAUAAUAAGAAAACAAAUUAAAAACUGUGAGCAAAAUUGUAUGUGCGUUGUGCAAUUAUUUUGUUA